UCGGCGUAUUUAAUAUUUUAUUUACAUCAGUCGGUUUGAAGAACGAUGUUGUCCUGAUCUGACUACGUGAAUCUUCAUGCCUGGGUUUCUUCUAGCCAAUCACACUUCGCCACGUUAUAAAAUAAAUCGGAUUCUCUAUUUCAGUUGCCGUCUCAUUCCGCCACGCCAACCUUCUUCCACCUCAGAAACCCGCUAAAUAUAAAAACCAAACCCUAACGCGAAGCAAAGUAGCAGUCCCAAACACCACGCGCGAGCGCGUGGGUAUACGCACUUGUCCCACACACUCAACCACGUGUGAGUGUAUAUAUGGGAAUGUACGACGAGUGUACUUCCAGACAAUCAAAAUUCUCAAGCAAAGCAUUUUUUUUUUUGGAGAAGAAGAAGAGUUUGGCGGGAGAAAUGUCCAGGGAGACGGAGAUGUCGAUCGCUGUGUCGGAGCUGUACCCUGGUUUCAGAUUCUCUCCGACGGACGUGGAGCUGAUCUGUUACUAUCUUCGCCGGAAAAUCGCCGGAGAAGAGAGAUCCGUCGCUGUCAUCCCCGAGGUCGAUAUUUACAAUUACGAGCCUUGGGACUUGCCAGACAAGUCGAUACUGAAGUCGGAGGGCGAGUGGUUCUUCUUCUGCGCCAGGGGAAGGAGGUAUCCGCACGGGUCGCAGAGCCGUAGAGCCACGGGGCUCGGAUACUGGAAAGCCACGGGAAAGGAACGUAACGUGAAAAUGGGUACUCAAGUGGUAGGAACCAAGAGAACACUCGUCUUCCACAUCGGCCGAGCUCCACGCGGCGACAGAACCGAGUGGAUCAUGCACGAAUACUGCCUGAUCGGCGCGCCUCCGGAAGCUUUGGUCGUGUGUCGGUUAAGGAAAAACUGCGAUUUUCGAGCUAAUAAUAACUCAGGCAAAAAACAGAUGCAAGAUGCCGAUUGUGAUGAUCAUAGUAAUAUGUCCAAUGACUGUUUUCACCACACCGACGGCGGUGCUUCCGAGGGCGAAAACAAGAAUACGGAUUCGUUUUCAGCUUCCGCUUCAGAGUGGAAACUAUGGAACGAUACUAAUGCUGAAUCCUCGAACAACGCCAAUGAUCACAUCGACGAAGAAGACUGCGAAGACUGCGAUGAAGAAGACGAUGAUGAUUGUUAUGCCGAGAUUCUGAAGGACGAUAUAGUAGAACUCGACGAGACUACUAAACCAACAUCUAAACCGAGCAAAGCGAGCCAAGCAUUGAAAUCAAACCUGACUCGUCAGAAAACACUAUACACCGACGCAUCAUCAUCGGGUUGUAACGAGUCGUCUAAGUGUGGAAGUGAGACAGAAUGGAACGGAAUGACUCGGUGUUUACUCUCCUUCCGGGAUCAUAACAUCGACUGCUGGAGAUUCCAAGAUUUCGGUCGGAAGAAGAAUUUUGAUGGCUGGAGGUUGAAGGGCGUUUUCUGGGCGGUGGCGCUGUUUCUGGUUCUAAUGAUUUCGGUUGUUUGGGCUGCUUUUUCCGGCUAAGGGGACGAAGAUAAAUGCGACUUUUUUUUUUUUUUGCGAAAAUGUAGUAGUGAAUCUUGUAGUAACGUAACGUGGUUCCAGAGUCGUUAUUGUGUGAUGUCAAGAUAUUUGUUUGUGAUGGUUCUUGAGUGUAAUUUUCAUGCUUCUCUGGGGGUGUUUUUGACUC